UUGAGUGAAACAUCAUUAAUUGAUAUUCAAAACCUUUUGUUUAGAGACCUUAAUUAUGGGAUUAAGGGAUAUUGAAAGCACUCUCCCUCCAGGGUUUAGAUUCCAUCCAAGUGAUGAAGAACUUGUUUGCCAUUAUCUUUACAAGAAGGUGGCCAAUAAGAUGGUUUCUAAUGAAGGAACAAUGGUGGAAGUGAACUUGCAUUCUCUUGAACCAUGGGAGCUCCCAGUGGCAAAACUCAAUGCAAAAGAAUGGUACUUCUUUAGUUUUCGAGACCGAAAAUACGCGACCGGUUUGCGUACUAAUCGAGCUACAAAAACCGGUUAUUGGAAGGCGACCGGAAAAGACCGUAUAGUUUACCAUCCUUCAACAAAAUCCAUUGUUGGAAUGAGAAAGACACUGGUUUUUUAUAGUGGAAGAGCUCCAAAUGGGUUGAAAACAUGUUGGGUCAUGCAUGAGUUCAGGCUAGAUACACCAAAUAGUCCUCCAAAGGAGGAUUGGGUUUUAUGUAGAGUUUUUCACAAGAGGAAAGAGGAGAGAGUGAGUGUGAUUAAUGAUCAAGAGGAUUAUUCAACUUCUUCUCUUCUUACAGACCAACCAUUAAUCCUUGAUAAUUGUUUUGAUUUACUUGGUUCAUCAUGCACAAGUGUUCAACAUCAAGAGGACAUGAUCAUUAGUGAUAAUCCUUUACUUAAUAUGGCAUUAAUGCAUUAUAACUUCAUUGAUUAUCCUCAAGAUGAUGACACUUCACAGAUGAUAGAGAUUGGAUCAAGAUGGAAGGAUGAUCACUGUGUGCUCCUUUUUGAUGAAGAAAUAAGACCAUGAUUAAUAACUAAUUAAUAUCAUAAAUUGUUCUUGCAGGAAUUAUUUCUUUGGGAUUGAUUGAACUAAAGGGUGAUUGUAUCUGUAAAUUAAAAAGUAUAUAUAUAUUAAGAGUAUGAGCUUAUGUAUUUAUUACACAUUGUAUAUAUACACAUGAAAUAUGAAUAUUGUAUGAUUUCUGAAUGCUGAUAUAUUACAUUAAUGUAUAUAUUGGUUUAC